GGACUUGUCUCCAUAGUUGUGUGAACUCCGCUCUGCUGUGAGAGGUAAGCAAAAAGAAACAUGGCGUCGCUGACAUUGUUGGUUUGUUGCCUGCUAGUUGCAUCCACAUAUUCUCAGCCAGGUUGGCUUGGAGGAUAUAACAUUUUUGGACCUGGUUUUGGAGGAGGAUAUCCCAUCCCAGGAGGAAAUGGAGGAAACGGUGGAGGAUAUCCUGUCCCAGGAGGAAAUGGAGGAAACAGUGGAGGACGCCCCGGCACAGGUGGAAACAGUGGAGGACGUCCUGGAACAGGAGGAAAUGGAGGAUACCCUGGAGGACGUCCCGGCCCUGGAGGAAGUGGAGGAUAUCCUGGAGGACGUCCCAAUACUGGUAGUGACGGAGGAUAUGAAGGUGGAUCUACUAAUACAGGAGGAUCUGAGUGUAAAUGUAAAAUUCCAGAACUCAAAUGCAUAGAUAGAAAAAUAGAUGGAUCUAAUGCAAAAUGCCCUUCAGGCUAUACGGCUACUUCAUGCUCAUGCUCCAAUGGCUGUGGUACAAGUAUAUUUCCAGCUUCUGAUUCCUGCCAAUGUCAAUGCUAUGAAGUAGACUGGACCUUAGCUCGCUGUUGCAGGAAUGAAUAAUGUACACAGCAGCACUCUUUACAUCUUUUCAUUUGCUCCUUUAUUUCUGAACAGAUCAUUAAAAACAUUUUAUAUAAUAA